AUGAAGGUGAUUGUUGUGAAUGGUUGUGGUGGUGGUGGUGGUGGUAGCGGCAAUGGCGACAGUGAUAGCAGUGUCGGAAGUGGCGGUGGAGGCGGCAGUGGUAGUGGAGGCAGCAGUGACAGUGGAGGCGGUAGCAACGGUGAAGGUGAUAGCGGCAGUGGAGGCGGUAGCGGCAGUGGAGGCGGUAGCGGCAGUGGAGGCGGUAGCGGCAGUGGCAAAGGUGGCGGAAGCAGUGGUGGAGGCGGCAGUGGUGGUGGAGGCGGUAGCAGCAGUGGAGGUGGUAGCAGCAGUGGAGGCCACAGUGGCAAAAGUGGCGGAAGCGGUGGUGGAGUCACUGGAUUACAGCCACGCUGGGGCACCAUCUUGAAGGGUUUAGGUAUCAAAUUGAAUCCAGAACAUAUUUCUUUAGUGUCAAGUAGUUAUUAUCAAUCUCUUUUAGCCAAACAGGUUGUUCAGAAAGAAAUUGUUUCCAGUCAAAGAACCAUUUUUCUUGUCCUCUGA